UAAACUUUCAUCACUUUCAACAGAACUUCCAUCAAUUUUGUUUCUCGCCAUAGUCCCUUCGAGAAUACAGAGUAUAGGCAACAUCCCCAUUCCACCCCCUGUAGUUCCUUGGCGCUUGUCAUCCAUUUUCCACAAGGACACCAUAAUUCAAUCGGAACCCUUCUUCGUAUCUGCAGAUCGAUUGAGUGAUACGCAAAUCGUAGAGUUCAUUGAAUUUCGUAUGAUCUAUUGAUCUAAGUUUCAAAGAGGCGGUCAAACGAUUUGUGGAUUUGAUUAGUUGGAAUUGAAAUUGUGGAGAAUGGAGCAGAGCAGGAGAGCGGUGGAGUCGUACUGGAGGUCGAGAAUGAUCGACGGUGUGACCUCCGACGAGGAUAAGGUUACUCCGGUUUACAAAUUGGACGAAGUUUGCGAUUUGCUGAGGUCGUCGCAUGUCUCUAUCGUCAAAGAGGUGUCCGAAUUCAUCCUGAAGCGCCUUGACCAUAAAUCUCCGAUCGUUAAACAAAAGGCGUUAAGAGUCAUCAAGUAUGCCGUGGGAAAGUCUGGUGCAGAGUUCAAAAGGGAGAUGCAAAGGAAUUCUGUUGCUGUGCGGCAGCUAAUUCACUACAAGGGUCACCCUGAUCCUUUGAAAGGUGAUGCAUUGAACAAGUUUGUGCGUGAGACAGCACAGGAAACCCUUUCUGUCUUAUUUUCAUCAGAAGACAGCAAAGCUCCACCAACAGAAAGUAGCCUCCGCAGUCGGAUUCAAGGAUUUGGGAACACAAACUAUGAGAUGCCAUCAGAAGACAGAAAGUCGUUCAUCAGUGAGGUGGUUGACAUUGGAAGUGCAACAAUUAAGCAGGGAUUAAGCAGUUUAGCACAAUCCCCAUCCUUGAAGAGAAGUAGUGACAGUGGGAGUUACAGAAGCCCAAAUCUUCGGGGGUCUUUGACUGCAGAUAGUGAUUGCUCCAAUCGGUAUGAAGGCAUUAGGUCUACUGCUGAAACUUACAACUCUUCUCGCUUUUCAAACAAUGCUGGUUCGAGGAGUUGGGGUCAACAUCCAAGUGAACCCGAGUUAGAAACAGGUAAUAAGGACUCCGGUUCCACUUAUAAUCAGAAGAGCCGCGAAGAAAAAUUGUUGGAGACCAUCGUGACUGCUAGUGGUGUUCGAUUGCAGCCUACUCGGGAUGCACUCAAUGUUUUCCUGGUGGAGGCCUCAAAAUUAAAUGCUUUAUCAUUGGGGCAUGCUAUUGAAGCAAAACUAAGAUCCCCUUCAUGGCAGGUUCGUAUGAAAGCCAUGUGCGUUCUUGAGGCAGUUUUGAGAAAGAAAGAGGAUGAUCAUUUUUCAGAUAUUGUGUCAUAUUUUAGUGACAACAAAGAUGUGGUGGUCUCAUGUUCGGAAUCUCCUCAGGCAUCUUUGCGGGAGAAAGCAACUAAGGUGCUAAGUCUUCUGGGUGGGGAACAUAUUGGUGGGGUCCAUCAUGAGGCGAAAUCAAGAAAGAUCUCUCAGCCUUCAAUAAUUCCAGAUUUGAUAGACACAGGUGAGGAUACCUUGGAAGAUUUUAGAAAAGCCGAGGUUGAGCCAAAAAUUACAAAUGUAACCUCUACUGCUCCGCUGAUCAAUGACUUGCUUGGUGACGACUUCGGCGGAAUUCGUGAUAGCACCAACACUCAUAAACUUGAGGAUGAUCCUUUUGCUGACGUGUCAUUUCACGUAAAUCAGGCUAAGGACCAUGCUGCUGAUAUAUUUUCGGGGUUGCCUGUUGAUAUAUCGAGCAGUGCAGAAACCCAUUCAGUGGUAUAUCAAAUGGAGUCGGGAAACCAUGGAACAUUCGAUCUUUCUAGAUCGAGGCCUGAGCUCGCCAAGGAGCACAGCAACCUUGUAAAGGAUGCUACCAACUUGAUGGAUGGUUUAUUGCUCAAUGGAAAUGAUCCAUUUUCAAAGCAUAAUGGGCGAGAUUCUGAGAAACAUGGCAACAUUGCAGGUUCAGUUUCAAUUGUCAAUCAAGAUAAUACCAAGUCCAAUGAUGUCUUGAUUAGUGGUAUUGCUUCUCAAGGAAUGAAUGCAAAUCCCAUGUUUCCCGUGGGUGCUAUGGCAUAUAAUUUGCCACCUGGCGUCAUGUUUAAUCCAGCAGCAUUCACAUCUCAACCAAUGAACUAUUCUGACAUGGGAACCCUCUUUGCUCAGCAGCAGCAGUUUCUUACUACAUUGUCUAACUUCCAGCAACUAGGGAGUUUGCAAUCAAAUAAGAGUAUGAAUGCUGGUGGAUCUAGAGUAGGAAAUUCGUCACCACUUCCAGAUAUUUUUAAUCCUGUCAUAGCUACUGAACCUCCUGCUUCACUGAUGAAUGGCUCGAAGAAAGAGGACACCAGAGCAUUUGACUUUAUCUCUGAUCAUGUGGCGUCAGCUCGUGACCGUAAACAUAUGGUUUGAAGCUGUUGGAACAACCCCUAUAAUGAUAUGAAGCAGCUCACAGAAUCUAUGAAACCUGAAUCUUGAUUUGAAAAAUGUUGCUCUCUCUUUGGAUGUAUAAUGUAUCUCUGUGGUAAGAGGUUGAAACUAUGUCUGUUUUGACAUUUAUAAAUUUCAGUGUUAAGUGUUGGAUAAUGAAAGGUCAGAAAUUCUUGGGGUGUGUGAAAAACGAACCUGAACUCAGAUAUGGGAUUGGAAAUCAAAUAUGUUCGAUUGCGGUGUUUUAUUCUUAUUUGGUACAUUGAUACGUGUAUUUUAUUAUUUUAUGAUGACUAUCGUUAUGGAAAUGCUCUGUAUCAUUUCCUGACUAGCCUGUACUUUUACGUUGAAGGAUACCUCGUUUUUCCAGUUAAGAGGUAAAUUUCUUGUGUAUUUUUUUUUUAAGAAGCACAAUAGUAAAAUAGAAUGUAG